GCGUCUCUCUCCUCCAGCUCCGGCGACGUCCUGGCCGCCGCCGUUCGCCCGCAGGAGCGCCUACCAACCGGUGGGUGUAGGUACAGGGCUAAGCUGCACUGGCUGGGUGGCGGAAGCUCGGAAGGAGCUAGAGAUCGAUAGGUGGAUGCGUGCGGGGUGGGUGAGAUGAGGUCUCCGGUGGGCAGGGAGGUGGUGGUCUCCGGCGUGUUCACGGCGCUGCUCGUCUUCUCGAUUCUCUCCCUCCCGUCGCUGCUCCUGACGACCCGCGGCGGCGGAAGGUCGUACAAGAACUGGCCGUUCUUGGCGGCGGUGAGGGAUACCGGUAGCGGCGGCGGCGGCGGCGGAGGAGGAGGAGGAGGGGAGGUCUCGCCGUACCCGGUGUCGUUCGCGUACCUCAUCUCGGCGUCGACCGGGGACGCGGCGCGGGCGGCGCGGCUGCUGGCGGCGCUGUACCACCCGGCCAACUGCUACCUCCUCCACCUGGACCGGGAGGCCCCCGCGGAGGAGCACCGGCGGCUGGCGGAGCUGGUGUCCGGGCAGCCGGUGUACGCCCGCGCCGGCAACGUGUGGAUCGUCGGCCGGCCCAACCUCGUCACCUACCGCGGGCCGACGAUGCUGUCCACGACGCUGCACGCGGUGGCGAUGCUGCUCCGGCUCGGCCGCCGGUGGGACUGGUUCGUCAACCUCAGCGCCUCCGACUACCCGCUCGUCACCCAGGACGAUUUGAUGGAGGUGUUCUCCCGGCUGCCCAGGGAUCUCAACUUCAUUCAGCACACCAGCCAUCUUGGAUGGAAGAUAAAGAAGAGGGCGCGGCCGGUGAUCCUGGACACAGCGCUCUACGAGGCCGACCGGUCGGAGCUCAUCCGGCCGGCGAACCUCACCACCAACCGGCGAAACCUCCCCACCGCCUUCAAGCUCUUCACAGGGUCAGCGUGGACGAUGAUGUCGCGGUCGUUCGCCGAGUACUUCACCGUCGGGUGGGACAACCUGCCGCGGACGCUGCUGCUCUACUAUGCCAACUUCAUCUCCUCGCCGGAGUUCUACUUCCAGACGCUGGCCUGCAACUCCCGCCGGUUCCGCAACACGACGGUGAACCACGACCUGCACUUCAUCCGCUGGGACACCCCGCCCAAGCAGCACCCGCUCUACCUCGGCCCCAGAGACUACCGCCGGAUGCUGCUCAGCGCCGCCGCCUUCGCCCGCAAGUUCCGGGAGGACGACCCGGUGCUCGACCGGAUCGACAGGGACAUCCUCCGCCGCGACGGCGCCGCCCCCGGCCGGACCUUCAGCUACGGCGGCUGGUGCUCCGACGGCGGCGUCGGGCUGUGCUCCAACCCCCUCGAGCCCGGCAGGAAGGGCGUGAUCAAGGCCGGCGCUGGGUCGAGGAGGCUCAAGGCCAUGCUCAACAAGACGAUGUCUGUGAGAAAUUUCAGACGGCAACAGUGUAGGUGAAAGCAAGUGCUAUAAUACAGUGUAGU